AUGUGGGGCACGCCGGGCAGCGCGGCGCGGAGCAUCCGCCCCUACCAGUCCAGCCAGCAGUACCUCUACGCCGUGAAGGAGGACCUGGCCGAGUGGCUGAAGGAGCUGUAUGACCUAGACAUCGAGGUGGGCACCUUCUUGGAGGUGCUGGAGACAGGGGCCGUGCUCUGCUCCCACGCCAACAACAUCACCCACGUGGCCCAGGAGUUCUCCCGUGCCUGCCCUGGCAGGGCCCGGCACCUCCACCUGCCCGCGGCCGGCGUCACCUGCAACCUGGCGGCACAGCCGGGCACCUUCCAGGCCAGGGACAAUGUCUCCAACUUCAUCCAGUGGUGCAGGAAGGAGAUGGAUAUCAAAGAUGUCCUGAUGUUUGAGACAGAGGACCUGGUGCUGAGGAAGAACGAGGAGAAGUUUGUGCUGUGCCUGCUGGAGCUGGCGCGCCGCGCUGCCCGCUUCGGCAUGUGUGCCCCGACCCUCGUGCAGAUGGAGGAGGAGAUUGAGGAGGAGUUACGGGAGGAGAUGGACCUGCCAACCAUGGACACCCCCCCGCCCCCGCCCCCCAGGAAACUGCGGGACCUCCACAACCUCGACCAGAUGGUCCAGCACCUGGUGAGCCGCUGUACCUGCCCUGUCCAGUUCCCCAUGAUCAAGAUAUCUGAAGGGAAAUACCGUGUGGGUGACUCUGACACCCUCAUCUUUGUCCGUGCUGCUGAAAAAGAGGUGGGGGUGCCCAGGGGGUCCCGCGGGUGA